GUCGCCUUCCCAUACUCGGUAGCCUUCUGGAGAUGCCAACUGAUAAACAGUGGCUGGCCUUCGAGCGCUGGGGGAAAGAACAUGACAGCGAAAUUAUUCACUUUGAUUUGUUGGGCAAUCACUUCAUCGUAGUGAACAGUAUGGAUGCCGCGAGAGAACUCUUCGAAAAGAGAUCAGCUAUCUACUCCGAUCGGCCUUUCUUGCCUUCCUCUACCAUUCUUCUUGGGUACCACUGGACGAUGCCGUUAUUGCCCUACGGCGAUCGCCUACGCGCUUUACGAAAGGGAUUUCACACAUUCUUGCAACCGACCCCUGCUAAGGAGUACCGCCCUCUCGAGCGCGAAGCGGUUCUUCAGCUUCUGCUUAAUGUCUUGCACAAUCCCGAAGGAUUUAUGGCGCAUCUUCGACAUAUGGCAGGUGCUAUAAUUUUGGGUAUCGCGUACGGAAUCAAGGUCCAACCGCACGAUGAUCCAUACGUCGAGACCGUUGAGAAAGGCCUCCAGGCCGCUGCAGCUGUCAGUGAGCCUCAUGCUCAGCUUUUUGAUCUUUUGCCUUGCCUUGUACACGUGCCUUCGUGGUUCCCGGGUGUUGGGUGGAAAAGGUUUGCAGAGAAAAAUCAUCACUGGAGCACGGACGUUUUAGAACAUCCUUACCUUGCGACUAAGGAAGCUAUGGCGAGAGGAACUGCAACUCCGUCAGUUGCUGCUACGAUGACGACAGAGAUGGAAAGUAACGGAGAGAUGACGCCGGAAGGGGAAGCAUUUGUGAAGCAGCUUGUUGGAAAUAUGUAUGUCGCUGGAGCAGAUACGACCGUUUGUGCCUUAGAAAACUUCAUAUUGGCUAUGAUCCUCUAUCCUGAAGUUCAAAAAAAAGCGCAAGCUGAGAUAGAUGCCGUCGUCGGCCACGAUCGACUUCCUGACUUCUCCGACGAGAAACUCCUCCCGUACGUUGGUGCUCUGGCGAAAGAGGUAUUGAGAUGGCGUAACGUUACCCCUUUGGGAGUGCCUCAUCGCCUCACCACUGACGACGUCUGGAAGGGCUAUUUUCUUCCCGAAAAUUCUACGGUCCUAGGAAAUAUCUGGGCUAUACUACACGACGAGUCCGUUUACGGCCCAGACGCGCUCAGCUUUAAUCCCGAUCGCUACGUCAACUCAGACUUGCCUGAUCCUGAAAUUGCUUUCGGCUUUGGGCGCCGAGUCUGUCCAGGGCAGUACAUGGCUCGUGAUUCCAUCUGGUUGGCAGUGACCUUGAUUCUUGCCACGAUGGAUAUUUCCAAAGCUGUAGAUGAGAACGGGGAGGAGAUUGAACCCGAGCAAGAUUAUGCGUCAAGUACCGUAGCGUACCCCCGACCAUUCAAAUGCAGUAUCAAGCCGCGGUCUAAUGCUGCUGCAAAACUAGUAGACCUUGAGACCUCCGACAAGAUGAGUGGCUAAACCUGAUGAUAUACCUAAGUCCCCUUUUGGAGAAAUGAUUAGGUAUAUUAUAUGAGCGUAUGGCGACGAGAAACAAUAAAAAGACCAUCGA